GUUCAUCAUGCACGUUGCGUUGAAAUGCCUUGCGCUCUCGACAGACACCACGAUACCCGCUGGCUGACUGACCCGUUUAGCUGGACGGACCGUUUCUGCGACGUGAGCGUGAAUAAUUAUAUGAGAGCGAGAGAGAGAAUUCCACCUGACUCUCUUCCGAGACCGUCCACCCCUGAAGCUAAGGAAGACAUCCUGAGAGAGUAUAAAGGUAUGUAGACUAGCCCAAUCCUCUAUUAGUUGAUGACAACAGUAACAUUACCGGUAGCCUCCUGGGCUGUUGCCACUGGAAAAAGUUAUUCCGAGUUAUUGCGUUGAUUGUUUUGUGUAACUGCUUGGUGUAAUGACGCUACAUGAAAUAGCCAGAAUGAGAGGCAGAAACUGACACCUGGAGAAAUACAAGAGCGGCGGAACAAGGCUACCCAUAGCUGUCUCUCUGCCUGGUGGAAGUACGCACGAUGGAUCAGGAAGAAGACUUUCUGGACUUCAAGUCCUUGAGGGCAAAGUUCCAGGAUGACGAAGUGUUGCUGCUGAAGCAGCCCGGGACCAAAUCUGCUCUCCCUGAGAAACCUAAAGUCCUGCCUCCUCCUCACAGCCCUACAAACUGCCUUCCUUCCCUCAGCUCCACAUCUCACACACCCUCCAACUCGCACUCCCUACCGCGCGGUGCUCGACCUUCCCUCCUCUCCUCCCUUCAGGGGCCGGGUGGCAUCGCAUCCAGAGGCAUCGUCAAGGAGGAGAAGAAGGUGAAGAGCAAAGACAUGGAUGAGGGGAAGGUGAAAUUACUAGGUAAAAAGAAGGCAGAGGUGAAGGCUGAUAAAGAGAAGUCGGAUGAAAGGAUGAAUGGAGGGAAAGAUGUUGUAGAAGUAGCGGUGAGGUCAGAUCUGCUGGACCAGAAACAGAAGAAAGAAGCAGACCUGGCCAUGAAGAACAAGGUGUCCCUGCUGUCCCCGGGGGGGUCUAAGGGGGGUAGUGUUGAGCUGGUAGACAUGUCACCACCGCCCAUAAACACAACAAAGAAGAAGGGUUUUCUGGGCAUCGGGAAGUCAGUGAAAAUAGGGAAGAAGAGGAAAGAGGGGAGAGCUUCUUCCUUUCCCCAUACUGGACACAGCCCAGAUCUGGCUGACCCUGAACCUGUCAUGCUUCUAACCACCUUCGGAACCCCAGCCCCCCCUGGUGAUAUACCUAUACGUACCGUCAUUAUCCCACCUUCCCCAGCAGUACACAUUGUUCACUUACCCCCUGCCUCGAUACCUGCCCCAGUACUAGAUUCCCCCUUACCCCUGGAGCUGACUCGUAACCCAGUAUUUACCCUGUUACCCCCCACCCUGAAACCUGCAGCUGAAGCCAUUCCAGUCGUUACACCACCUAACCCCAUCCCAGUGAUCUCUGACCCUCCUAUCAUUGAUCACAUCCCUGAAAUCCUCAGUCCUGAAACCAUCCCAGCCCCCACCUUGCCAGUAUCAGUCCGCCCUACCCCUUCCCCUGUUACUGCCCCAUUCAGCCCAAUACCAGCUCCCCCAGUCACCCAUAUACUCCCUGCUGUCCCCUCCCCACAUACACUCUCUACCUCCACCCCACCUCCACCUGUUAUCGCCACUCCAUCCCCACCCCCUGACCCUACCCCCUCUCCUCCUCCUCCCCCUACACCUCCAGUUGCUGAACUUGACCCUGAGUCUGUAGUAGUGGAUAUUGCUGUUAUAGUCGAGACCUCUGCCUCUCCACUUCCCUCUCACACCCCCCCUCCCCCGGCUGGUGAACCCUCAGUCGCACCCCCAUCCCUCCAGCCUGAGAGGCCCGUGGGGGUCCAGGAACGGCCACUCUCGGCCCUGUUGGCUCUAGGACGAGCAGAAGAGAUGAGUCCACCAAAAAAAAGAGGAUCAGAGAUAAUCUUCAAUGCCCUGGAGAAAGCUAAGAGGACGCUCACCAGCCCUCUUAUGACCCACAUCCCCUCCAGACCUGCCAUGCCCACCAUAGAGGACCUAACCCCACCCCCCCACAGCCCUAGCCCCACCCCGGUGAAAUCGCUACCUGAGCUCCCACCAAUCGACUACGAUGACCAGGCAGAGGCGGCGGCCCCUACACCCCUGAUACCGGCCCUAGUCAAAGGGCAGGCGUCUCCUAUGUUGCAGGGGAUAGCAGAAAAGGGUGCAAGGGACCUCCUACCAGACCGGUUUGUGGUGCCCCCUCCUCCCCCGAGAAAGCGCCUCCCAGAGGCCUCCACCCGAGGAUCCCCGCCAGAGAAACUCCCCCAACUCCCCUCCGUGGACCUGACUGCCUAUGCUGUGGAGAUUCCUGUUCCUUCAGCUGAUUCUGCUCUCAACAUUCCUGAGUUUGAGGAUGUAGGAUCAGAUGUUCUGGAAUUGGAAGCCCCGGAGUUCCAGCCUGCAGACUUAGUGGAAUUAGAGGUGUCUCAAUGGGGAGCCCAGGCAGAAGACUGCACCAAUGAGCGCUGUGGCAAUGCCUAUGAGGACAUGCCCUCAGCCAAGCAGAAGGUCAAGGGUCAACCCACCAAGAAAAAGAAAGGAACCGCGAAGAGUAAGACACAGGCACCUUACAACCCCUAUGCUGAGACUCAGCUUCCGACAGAAGAAACACCCAAGACUGACUUGUUCUUGAAGAAGACUGCCUCGGAAACCCCAGAAGAGAAACAAAUGAAAAAGAAAGAAAAACAACGUUUUGAGAAGGAGAAGAAAGAAAGAGAGAGGAAAGAGCAGAAAGAGAGAGAGAAGAAGGAAAAUGAGAUGAAGAAGUUUAAGAUAACAGGUCAGAAGGAGGCUAUAUACCAGGCUACAGUGAUGGUAGCGUCUAAAGGACAUAAGAACGACCUGGCUGUGAAGAACGGGGACAUAGUCAGCAUCAUACGGACCACAAACUGCCCGAAAGGAAGAUGGCUGGCCAGGGACAGCACUAAUACAUAUGGAUACAUCUCAGUGAGCGAUGUGGAGCUGGACAAUAAGGAGAUGUUGGAAAUGGGGAAGAGGGCUUUUCGGGCCAUCAGCUGUAAAAACAUUACCACUAUGGUAGAACAGGGAGGAGGCGAGGUGGCCAGUAUGGACAGCAGGACAUCCAAUCACUACCCACUUCAGGAAGAUACAGGCAGCUUCACAGACGACAGUGAGGAGUGGGCACAUGAUGAUGAUGAUGAUGAACCUCUCUCCUCCCUCAUCGAGGAAGACCCAACAGAGAGAGACCACAUCCAAACAAUGUCCAUGCCAGAUAUGGGAAGCAGAGAGCCUAGCAUCCACAACCAACACAUACUCAGUGAUGCCAGCAUAGAUGGCAUUGACAUGCAGGUGAGACAUGAAGCACUUCAGAAGCUGGCCACUUUCUUCCACAAACCAGUUGUAGAGGAUCCCAUCAUGAGCUCUCUCUUUCCCUACUGUCUCCCUCUAAGACCUGAAGAACCUGAACCUGAAGAACCGAUCAGCCCUAUGGACAUAGGAGUACAAGAGACGGCGUACCUGUGUAAAGAGGAAGCAGAUAUGGUGGUUCUUCCUCCUCCUGACCUGUAUGCAGACAUCAUCAUCAGUGACGCUUAGUAGACUACAAACUACCUACAGCUGGUGAACACAGGAAGAACGGCAAGAUGGUAUGUCUGUCAUCGCCAUGGGCAAUCGGCAAUCACUCAGAUGACAGAGGCUUGUAGAAUCUGUCUGGACAACCUGCAAUCGGAUGGACUAUCUGUUAUUGUUUAGGCUGGGAUUCAAUCUGAGCACUCUAGUCGACAAUGCAGCCUUAAAGUAACCGUGUUCACAGAUGGCAUUCAAGAUAAAUGCUGCAGUUGUCGGCAAUUACCUUUCAAUUUGAAAUUACUGUUAAAUGUCAAGGCAGCUAUAGCGCGGUGUUGGAUUGAAUCUCUUGUAUUGAUGUCCGUCCAGGGUUAUGGAGGGCAUUAUACAGAAUGACAAUUAUGCGACACCAUACCAUUGGUUGUGGUUCCACUGUAUCUUUACAAGUGUCUACGUUGGAAAUUGUUACAACUCACUGUAUCCAGCUACUUCUGUGUCUCAAAUUACACCCUAUUCCCUGUGUCAUAAACUACGUGACAGAGGGUUAGCCACAUAGGGCUCAGUCAAAUGUAGUGCACGACACAGGGAAUAGGAUGCCUGCCAUAUGAGACUUGUCUUAUUUUUUAUAUUCCCAGUGAAUUUCCCAUAAGUAUUAAAGAGAUGUAACAUUUA